AUGGGCUGGAGACUCGUUCCCACUGGCGGGAACUGCGCCUUCGCUUGGUUCGAAUACGUCACCUCAAUCAUCAAGAUCUUUCUCUUCCUCAUCAUUAUUGUCCUGUCGCUCGCGUUGGUCCUGGGUGCGGGCCCAAAUGGUCGUAUGCAUCAUGGCGAGACUUGGACUGAGUUGCCGGCGUUCCUAAAUGGGUUUACGGGCUUUGCGAACUGUGCGCUGCUUGCGGUUUGGGCGGUUGGUGAUCAAGUUUUCAUCGGCAUCAUGGGCGGUGAGGCAGCUAGCCCACGCUUUUCGAUGGCCCACGCAACGAAGCUUGUGCCAUUUCGGGUCAACUUUAUCUACAUGAUCAGCGUCGUCUUUAUCACGAUUCUGGUCCCCUCAAGCGAUGAUAGGUUACUCGGCGGAAGCAGCGUUGCAGCUUCGCCGUUCGUUGUUGCCAUUGAAGACGCCGGUAUCAAAGGCAUCUCGUCUUUGCUCAAUGCUGGAAUGAUGUGUGGUGUCUUGGCCAUUGCUGCAGAAGCAGUGUACCUUUCUUCAAGAAUCUUGAGGACGAUGGCUCAUCAGAAGCUUCUCCCUGAGCGGCUUGCCCAGGUUGAUAAUAAGGGAAGACCAAGAUGGGCACUGCUGAUUACGUGCGUCGCUGCGCUCAUCAUGUCAUACAUCCAGCUUGCAUCCGGUGGCUUGACGGUCUUGAACUGGCUGAUUUCCAUCACGAGUGCUUCAUUUUUCACUAAUUGGAUCAUCAUCUCGUUCACAAACUGGCGUUUCCACGCUGCACUCAAGGCACAGAACGACCCGCUCUUCUCCCAAGUUUAUGCAUGGAAGUCCACAGCCUGGCCUCUGGCACCAGCUUGGCUCAUGCUCAUAUCAUUGCUUCUUUUGGCAUGCUGCCUGGUUUGCGGUAUCGACCCUAUUGGGAGCGACUCGUUCAGCGUGGAAAACUUCUUCCAAUACAUGAUCGGAUUUCUCGUCAUCGUCGUGUUCACCAUAGGAUACAAGGUUAUCUAUCGCACUCCGUGGAGAGACCCGAACACAGCUGACUGUGUCACGGGUCGGCGCAACUUGAGUGUUGAAGAGAUAAAUCAGCUGGAUGACUACUACAAGAUGUCUAGAUGGAGAAGGUUCCUUACGUAUGUACAGUUGUGGUAA